AAAAAAAAAGUCUGUCCGAGAUUCCAAUAAUUCGUUUCCCUUCUCAACGUUCUGAGUUAUUGAUCUCUUCUCAGCGUUCCACCAAUUACACGCACCUCCUGCUACCUCUUCAACAUCUACUUCGAAAUUAUCACAAUUGCAGGUGAUGAUGUUAUUGUUAAAUAAGCAUUGGAUGCAGCUGAUGUGAGUUUCAACAAAGGGAAAUUCAGAGGCAUGUGUAUCGCAGUGUUCAUGUGGCAAGCUCAUACAAAAUACCCCUUCAUUCUCUUACACAACCGGGACGAAUUCUAUUACCGGCCCACAGAGCCGUUAGGAUGGUGGGCCGGCGACAUUAUAUUGGGCGGAAGGGAUGAGCUCGGCGGUGGCACAUGGUUGGGCUCCACCAGAGAUGGAAGGGUGGCUUUCCUCACCAAUUUCAGGGAAGUUGAAAGCCUUCUGGAACCCAAGACCAGGGGAGACUUGCCCCUGCGAUUCCUUCAGAGUAAGAAGAGUCCUCAGGAGUUUGCAGAGCAAAUUGUUGAAGAGGCACAUGUAUAUAAUGGCUUCAAUCUAGUUUGUGUUGAUAUUUGCAGCUCAACCAUGGUUUAUGUCUUCAAUAGGCCUAAGCCAGGUUAUUUUUCUGUAACACCAGGAAUUCAUGUCUUGACAAAUGCAGCCCUGGAUGCUCCUUGGCCCAAGGCAGAACGACUCCGCCAUAGUUUCAAGGAGCUUGUUGAUCGCUAUGGUGAAAGCGAAUUUCCCAUCAAAGAAAUGGUUGAGCAACUAAUGACAAACACGAUUAAGGAUGAGGACAGCAAGCUACCUGGGAUUCAUCCUCCAGAACGAGAACGCCCCAUGAGUUCCAUCUUUGUCAAAGAGGAUUUGACACGUUAUGGCACUAGAAGCACUUCUGCAUUGCUUGUGAAAUCGAACAAAGAAGUUAGCUUCUACGAGAAAUAUCUGGAUAAGGAGCAAUGGAGAGAGAACACGAUGGCCUAUCAGAUAAAUGAGACAUAAUGAACAGCAGGGAUUUAUUCUAAUUCUGCUAGUCAAUCUCCUUCUAAAAUGUCAAAUUUCGUAAAGCCAGGCAGCAACUAGAUUGAUUUUUCUAUAUAAAUUUAACCAAUGUAAUCUAAUAUUCUUAACUGUUAAGUUUGUACUGGAUUAGUUGAUUAAUAUUGGCAAAAACGACAUAUUUGCAAAUACAUUUCAUCAUUCU